UGUUUUUAUUUUCAGGCAUAAUGUUUUUAACAAUGGUCUUAUUCCGAAAGAGAAUUCCUGGAAAGCAAUGGAUUGGGAAGUACAGGCGACCAAGAGUGGUUACCCUUGCAAUGAAGCAAGCAAUGAUCCAAAGGUUGGAAAUUGAAGCAGAGAAUGAAUACUGGCUGAGUCGACCUUACCUGACGCAGGAACAGGAGUACAAACAUAACACAGAAGAGAGACGUGCAAGAUGGGAGGCUUUCAAAAGCCGGGUGAGAGCCAAGUUGCCUGAGCACAGAUAUAUCAGCGAUGACUUAAACCACUUAAAUGUGACAAGAAAGUGGACAACUUGAAUAAUACAGCGUAUUUGUGUUUGGCAUGUACUAUUUGCUACCGUGGCAUCUGAUGCUGUACCUAUUAUGGUAGCUUUGUAAUUCAGUGUAAUACGGGUGGCUGGCAAAUGAGCCUCUGCUGCGGUGUACAAAAUCUCAGAUUAAAACAAGGCUUGUGGAACAGUG